AAAAGAUUUUAUUUUUGUGUGGCCACGUUUUCUGAACCAAUGAAGCUAAUGCUUGAGUUGGAAAUGACGAAGAGGCAAUUAGCAUAGCGAACUGUUCCGAAUAGAGAGUGUUCAUGAAAAAUUGCUGCGACAGAUUUUCAAAUAUAUGAGUAACAUGCUGCGGAAUGAUCAAAAUGUGUAGACUCAAUCUCUUCCGAAUCAAAGAUGGAGCUAGCUAAUUACUAGUAUUAUACAACUGCCAAACCCUUGAUAGACUGAAGCUCCCCACCAUGCGCCCUCAUCUCGCCCUCCUCCUGCCUUCCUCCCGCCGCGGUUACGCCACCAAAUACACUGGAAAAAUCGUGACAUCUACCAACAAAGGCCGCACCUCCGCCAUAGAAGUCUCCGUCACUCCUCCCGUGCUAAUUUCCGAUGUCCGCGGCUACCCUCUCCCCCGCCGCGAGCUCAUCGCCGAAGCUACCAAACUCCUGCAAUCAAAAUCCGCCGCUUCCUCGCCCGAUUCCUUCCUCGACCUCUCUGAAUAUCUGCAAGCCCUAAACAUACCCCCAACCACCUCUGAAGUCUCCGAAAUUCUCAAAGCUUUAAAAUCCCCAACCCUAGCUCUCGAGUUCUUUCACUUUUGCCGCUCGCAUAUCCCGAAUUACCGACACGAUGCCUUCACUUACAACCGUAUUUUGCUGAUUCUCUCGAAAUCGUCUCUUCCAGACAGGACCGAAAAAAUCAAAGAAAUUGUCGAUUUGAUGGCGAGAUUAAGGACUCCUGGGAAUAUCUCUACCGUCAAUAUAUUGAUCACUGCGUUUAAUAGUGUUGAUGGAUUGGAUAAGUGUUUGGAAUUGUUGAAGAAUUGGGGUUUGCAGUUGACUUGUUACACAUAUAAGUGUCUCGUGCAAGCAUAUUUGAGGGCAAACGACUUGAAUCGAGCAUUGCAGGUUUAUGCACAAAUUCGGAGGAAAGGGUACAACUUGGAUAACUUUGGUUACAACAUGCUUCUUGAUGCGCUUGCUAAAGACGAAAAGGUUGAUGUUGCAUACAAGGUGCUUGAAGACAUGAAAAAGAAGCAUUGCAGACCUGAUGAAUACACAUACACCAUUCUAAUCAGGAUGAAUGGAAGGUUGGGCAAGCUGAAUGAGGCAGUAGCUUUAUUUGAGGAAAUGCUUUUGAAGGAUUGCAAACCAAAUUCAAUGGCUUUCAAUACCAUGCUGGAGGCACUGGUUAGGAGCCGAAUGCCAGACAAAGCUAUGAUUCUUUUCUCUAAGAUGGUGGAAAAUAAUUGCAGGCCUAAUGAGUUCACGUACAGCCUCAUUCUCAAUGUUUUAGCUGUGGAAGGACAGCUUGGUAGACUGGAUGAGGUUGUGAAAAUAUCGAGCAAAUACAUGAAUAAGUCAAUCUAUGCGUUUCUGGUGAGAAUGCUAAGCAAACUAGGGCAUGCAAGUGAAGCGCAUAGGUUGUUUUGUAAUAUGUGGAAAUUCCAUGAGAAGGGAGACAGGGAUGCCUAUCUGUCCAUGUUGGAGAGUUUAUGCAAUGCUGGAAAAGUUACUGAGGCAAUAGACAUGAUGAGUACAACUCACGAAAAGGGUAUAAUGACAGAUACUUUCAUGUACAACACAGUCUUCUCUGCUCUUGGAAAGUCAAAGCAAAUAGCUCAUCUCCUUGAUCUGUAUGAGAAAAUGAAACAGGAUGGGCCGCCACCAGACAUCUUCACCUACAAUAUUCUGAUCUCUAGUUUUGGUAGGGCUGGAAGAGUUGAUGAAGCUGUUAGAAUUUUUGAAGAGCUCGAGAAUAGUGAUUGCAGACCAGAUGUUGUAUCAUACAAUUCAUUGAUUAAUUGUCUGGGAAAAAAUGGUGAUGUUGAUGAAGCACACAUGAGGCUUAAGGAAAUGCAAGAGAGGGGUUUGAAUCCCGAUGUUGUAACAUACAGUACACUGAUAGAAUGUUUUGGUAAGACUGAUAAAGUUGAGAUGGCGUAUAGCUUGUUCGAUGAAAUGCUUGCUGAAGGCUGUUGCCCUAAUAUAGUUACAUACAAUAUCUUGUUAGACUGUCUUGAGAAGUCUGGGAGAAGUGCAGAAGCUGUUGAUUUGUACUCAAAGCUUAAAGAAGAGGGGUUAACUCCUGAUUCGAUCACUUAUGCAAUUCUUGAGAGAUUACAGAGUGGUUCGCAGAGAACGCAUAGAAUACGAAAACAGAAUCCAAUUACUGGUUGGGUUGUUAGUCCGUUGAGAUGAUAAGCCAUUGUUGCUGCCAUGUUCUUUUGCUGAAGCUGCAUCCUAGAUUUAUUAUGCUAGCUCUCAUACCCAAUUUUUAACCUUUUUCUCUCAAUUUCACAUCGUAAGGUGUCUUCAAAGUUGACCUGCUCAGAUAAUGUGUGGGACCUUCACAGAUCUCUGUUUUCAUCUGCUGAGGAAUUGACUAACAAACAGCUAGAGCAAAUGCUACCUGCCAUGAACAAAGACCCUUGUAAUAAAGAAGAGAGCUCUGGAUGGGAUGCAGAUGAAUUUGUUGCUGAGGAAGGACUCGAUACACUCCCUAAUUUAGCUAUUCAAGGGGAGGGAGAAGGCCCUGACUUCUUCAGAGAACAAGACAAAACACCUACACCAUAGACGUGGCUGUACAUGCAUUGUCUGCCUUCAACCUCCCAGUGGGAAAUGGACCAACCACCGGCACUCUUGUGACUGUGCUUCGUUAAAGCGCCAUUUUAACACCUUGAUGGAGAGACGGAAAAGAAACAAACUGAACCCUCAUCUUCGUCUCAGAACUUAUAAGAACAGCAGUCAUGUGAAAAGGAGCAGGAUGGUGAUCCAUGUGUUGGUAGCAGCACUGUAAACAGAAGCUUAAACGAGGAAGAUGUGCUGAAUUCAAGCUAUGUGGAAGAACCUGAAGGUAGAUAUCGUCAACUUCACCUUUGAAAGGCCAAAUAGACCUUAACAUCCAGCCUGAGCGGUAGGAAGAUAUCUCACCUCGCUUGGAUUUUUGGGCAGUGAGAUGCUCUAUCCCAGGUUCUGCUGAUAGAUUAUUCAGCCAGCAACAUAGAUCGUUGGAGUCAGAUGUGGUCGAAAAUUUGUCAGGGACGCAAGAUGGAGUUUGAUGUAUAAAUAUUUUAGGUUGUGGGGCUUUGCACAAAAAAAUGGUCAGAGGAAAUUCAUGGAAGAAAGUAGUCGAAUUUUUGGUUGGUUUCGCUGGGUAAAGCUGUAUGUAUUGAAAGGGAGGAGGAAUUGAAGGGAGCAUAACCAAUUAGAAUACAGCAUAAUUUGAUACGCUUUUUGCAGUUAUCAACUUUUUUAUUCUUGAAAUAAGAAUUAAGAGUAUUUAUAGUA